GAUAAGGCUGAAUAAAUAUUAAAAACACAAAAGAAAAAUAGGAAAAAUGUGUUAUUUAUUUUUCCAACACUGUAUAUACCCUUUUCAAUGAAAGCAGUUAUGCGUUGAUGUAUACUGUUCUCAAUAACUGGAAAAUGUAUGCGCAUUACGGUGGUCCAAAAAUGCAUGUGAAAAAGUAAAGUCGGGAUUCUUAUGCUCUCACUCCCUAGCAUUGUUCUACACCGAGAGUUACCCCCCAUUUUAUUUUGAAAUCAAAAACUAUUUAGAGGUAGCUCAAAACGCUCAAAGUAGCAAAAAACCGGAUUAUUCGAUAUUCGAAAAAAACGCCUUGAAACCGGUUAAACCGGUUUGAAAAAACCGUGUCAAUAAUCCUAGUAUUUAUAGAUAAAUACGCACGUUGUAUAUUUUCAAUAGUGUUCGUAUGGCUUGGCUUAACUUCUCGAUUGUAUAUAAUACAGUUUCUGCUUUCGCGCCCUGCCGCACGUCUUUGUGGGAUUUUUAUAGUUUUAUUUACUUUUCGGACUGUUUCGUUUUUGUUAAGAAUUGUGUCGCACCAAAAUCGAAAAUUGCUCGCCGUAAGUAUGUGAAAGCUCCGCAGUAUGAGAUAUGAGUGCAGCAGUAACGGCGUGACACACCUGGCUGACGCGCAUUAUACAAAUAAAAAUAAUUAGAGCAAAGUAUUCGAAUUUUAACCCACCGCGAAAACCAGAGAAAAUUGCAAAGAGUGUUUGCCUCCAACAAACAUUCUACAAGUGUAGCAUAUCAAUAUCAAAUAUCUCUACAAAGAAUUACCAUAAAGUGUUUUCCUCGCAAAUAUGGAUGAAAAAUCAAACGUUCCGCAGCGCAUUUACCCGUCCACGCCACUUGAGCAGCCGGUCGCAGCGAGUGAACAGCAACAGGCUCUAUUGCAACCGGCUCCACCCACGUACUCACAAGCAACAGGUGCCACACCCACGACAGCGCCGGAUGCCGCGCAUAUUGUUGUAAUUACGCCCGGCGCACCGUUGGCAUAUGGACCCGCACCGGUGGAUAUACAGUGUCCCUACUGCCACAAUUAUACACGCACCCGCUUGCGCUUUAAGCCAACCUCACGCACGCAUCUAAUUGCCCUGCUGCUAUGCCUUUUCCAGCUCUACUGCUUCGUGUGUUUACCCUAUUGCAUUGGCAGUUGCAUGAAUACGGCACAUUAUUGUGGCUUGUGUGACCGUUACUUGGGUACCUACGUGCGAGAAUAAUCAGGAUAUCCGAGA